AUGGCAACACUUGACUAUCAUUUGAGUAGGUCAGGUAGCCCCUUCAAGAAUUUGAUUGCCAAAUCCUUUUAUGUUGAUAAUCUUCAGGGUCGUAGGUCUAAUGAAAUAGAAUUGUUAGAAUUUUAUGCCGAGGCUGACAAGCAACUGAGGAGUGCCAAGAUGCCACUCAGGACUUGGGUAACUAACAAUGAGAAACUUAAAACUAAAAUUGAAGAAGAUAACAGUGGUUAUGUUGUUCCUACCACUACUUCAGUUCUUGGAUUGAAUUGGGAUGUCAACUCAGACAUGCUUAGUCUGAAGUCGGCUAAAAUACUUGUACCUGAAGUAAUCACAAAACACAAUUUACUUAGUUUGGUCUCAACGGUUUUUGAUCCACUAGGAUUCCAUUGUCCAGUAAUCAUAAGGGGUAAAAUCCUUAUUCAAGCUGCUUGGAGGACUAAUGUCUCCUGGAAUGAUCCAUUAGGUGAAGAAUUUUUAAGUAGUUGGAUGGAAUUAUAUGAAGAGUUCAAGGCACUUAGUGAAUUUUCAGUACCUCACAAAGUUGCAACUCAAGGAGUAAACUGUGUUUUGCACAUAUUUUGUGACAGCUCGACCAAAGCUUAUGGUUGUGCAGCCUAUUUGGUAGGAAAUGGAGAAAGUAACCUUGUUAUGGCAAAAGCUAAGGUUGAUCCCCUUAAAACAAAAACUCUUCCACAAUUGGAACUGACAUCAAUUUGGUUAGGAACUAAAUUAGCUAACUACAUUCACAAAAUUUUAAGCGAUAUUAAUAUUUCAAGAACUGUGAUUUGGUCUGAUAAUGAGGCUGCUAUUCAAUGGGUCAGAAAUGAAAAUUGCAAAAUUACUUAUGUCAAGAACAGGGUGGUUGAGAUCAGAGAAGUGUCAGCCAAUUAUCAAAUAUUUCAUGUAUCUACUGGAGAAAAUCCUGUUGACUUAGUGACUCGUGGAGUUGAAGUUAAAGACUUAGUGUCAAAUUCUUUAUGGUUUAAAGGUCCUUCUUGGCUACCAUGUGAAAGUUUGUGGCCAAGUCAAAAGGAUGAAGUUGUUGUUUACGAGAUAAUAGCUCAGAGACAAAUUGAUCCAGUUAAGGUUGAAUGUUUAUUUGAAGUUAGAGAAUGUUCAUCUCUGGAGAAGAUUUUCAUGAUAACAAAAUAUGUAUUUCAGUUUCUGAAAAAAUUGUUACUCAAGAUAUCACCAAAUCGAGUGUCAAAGAUAACUUUACCAGAUCCAGCAAUUUAUUGGCUGAGAUAUCAACUUACUAAGAUUAAAGAAACUUUUUCUUGGCUGUUUUAUUCUGUGAAUCCUGAUCCUAUUGAAUUUAAGAGCUUGUAUGAUCUUUUGCAGAAACCACAUAGCUUGUCUGUGGAAUGUUCUGAUUUGAUUAAGGACUUAGGUCUGUAUUUUGAUCCAUCCAUUGGACUGAUGAGGUCAAGAGGUCGCCUCCAGCAUGCUGAGAUUGCUGUGAAUUCCAAAUACCCUGUACUAGUUCCACCGGGAGAAUAUUUAACUAACCUUUUCAUUUUAAAGGCACAUAGGUAUAAUUUACAUAGAGGAGUACAGGAAACUUGCUACUAUUCGUCGACAACUUUGGAUUCCCAAGGGAGGACAAGCAGUACGCAAAGUGAUUAG